GAUGCUGCUGGCAUGGGAACUCUGGUACAUGCGGCCGCGAGGGCACGGCGAUGGAAGCAGGCGGCGCGCCUGGCUUUGCACCACUACACCUCGAAAAUGGGUCGCGCUGGCACGCCAGCCGUGGCCGCAGCUGCGGCAGCUUGUGAGGCCUUGGCAGUCAUUGCGAUGGUUCACCGGAGGGUAGCUGGAGCUUCAGGAUGUCAGAACAGUUUGGCAUUUGGGUCAUGUCUAGAGUUACUUGUGGGCCACUGGAGCGCUGCGUGCAUGUUAUGUGAGCCAUCUUCUCUGCUCUUGUUUCCAGGCGGAGGUGGAAUCUUGGCAGCAUAG